AUGAAGCAAUCAAGAAAGGCUGCCAAAGUUGCUUAUCAACGAUUAAAGGAGUUGGUUAAAUUUGGAAAGUUUGCUGAAGUUGAAGACACUCCUACUGUUUGUUCCAUAAAUACCGAGGUUGCCGACGAACACGUGGCGCCCAAACCAAAGUUUCAAUUCACAUUUGAAGAGAUUGAACCUCCCCAAACAGGUCCUGUUGAUACUGAACCUCCAUCUGAAAGUGAUCCAGAAGACUCAAACAAUGCUUUACUCCCAAGGAAGCGAAAGAGAAGAGAUCCAAAGCCGGGAGUGCUUAUCACAGACCCAGUUCACAAGAAAUCUACAGUGAUUGAGCCUGGUUCUAUGGCUCAAAACAAACAAGGCACAUUCACCGAGUCCUCUCCGGUGAUUCAAGACAUACCAAGCCCAAUCCCUGAACCCAUUCCUAUGGAUCAGGAUUCUCAAAGCCCGAUUGUUGAAGAAGAAGUCAUACCUUCAGAAGGAGCUCAAGCUUUAGGAAGCUCAUUUGAAAUACCCGAGCUAGACUUUCCAAAGGCAAAAGCAAGUUGCUUGAAUUUGAAUUAG